UGUCACUUUAUGUCAAUUUAAUAAAAAUUAUGUAAUGGCUGGCAGUGUGACACUGCCACAAUUUAUUUAUUCUUUUCUUCCCCACAGCCUCCCAUUCUAGCUAAAACAAUGGCUGUGUCAGUACGGAUUUUUUCCCGUUUGAGAGAGGGCUUGAAACUCAGCAAUGUAAGAUAUUCUUCAGGCUCUCCCUAUGCGGAAACCAGAAAAAAUUUGGUACUGAAUGCUGACACCAAAGUCAUUGUCCAGGGUUUCACUGGCAAGCAGGGUACCUUCCACAGCCAACAAGCACUUGACUAUAAAACACAGGUGGUUGGUGGAGUGUCACCCAAGAAAGCAGGGACUGAACACUUAGGCAAGCCAGUGUUCGCAACAGUGAAAGAGGCGAAAGCUGCAACAAACGCACAUGCCUCAGUGAUAUAUGUACCUCCCCCCGCAGCAGCAAAAGCAAUCUUGGAGGCCAUUGAGGCGGAAAUGCCUUUGAUUGUUUGCAUUACAGAAGGAGUUCCACAACAUGACAUGGUGCGUGUCAAACACGCUCUGCUGAGGCAAAACAAAUCUCGCCUAGUAGGCCCCAACUGCCCCGGCAUCAUUGCUCCAGAUAAAUGCAAGAUUGGCAUCAUGCCCGCUGCGGUGCACAAGCGAGGCUGCAUCGGUGUGGUGUCUCGCUCUGGUACCCUGACUUAUGAAGCUUGCCAUCAAACUACAUCGACUGGUUUGGGGCAAACCCUGUGUGUUGGCAUCGGCGGAGACCCAUUCAACGGCACAGAUUUCAUCGACUGCCUGGAAGUAUUCCUGGCUGACCCUGAGACGAAGGGCAUCAUCCUCAUUGGGGAGAUUGGAGGCAAUGCAGAGGAACUCGCCUCAGAGUACCUCACUCAGCAUAAUACUGGACAAAAGGCGAAACCCGUGGUUUCGUUCAUCGCGGGGCUGACGGCCCCGCCCGGGCGGCGGAUGGGUCACGCCGGGGCCAUCAUCUCCGGCGGGAAGGGAGGCGCCAUGGACAAAAUAAAAGCCCUAGAAAAAGCCAACGUCAUCGUCACACGCUCGCCCGCCAAAAUGGGCACCGAACUAUUCAAAGAAAUGAAAAGACUAGAACUCGUCUAAGUAACGCUUAUAUUUACCGCAAGAUUGUAUGUCUAUUCUGUAUAGUCUAUAGAAUUAUUUAUUUCCUAUUGUUAUGUCAGUGAUAUUGUUCGAAUCCGGAAAAGAAACGUUUUGAAGAAACGAUAAAUGUUUAUUAUUACAACCAUGUAAUCAUCAUCCACAUAAAUUUAGAUUCCAAAAUCUUAUUCUAAAACUUUGAAUGCACGACAUUAUUAGCUGAGCACUAUGUAAUAGGCGACAUGGACAAUUUUGUUAUAUAUUUUACAAACUUUAUAUUUUAGUCCAUGAUAGGCGAUAAGUGUCGUAUUUAAAUAUAAGUGUUACAAAAUAUCGAUCAAAUUUCCGUUAGAUAAUAUGAUAUUCAAAACGAUUUCCUGACUACGCUUUUACUGUUGUAUUGUAUGGUUGAAAAAAUUGUAAAAGAAAUACACACGUAUUACCUA